AUGCAUGCGGCAAAAAUGGCAACAUCAUCCUCACUUCCUGAGCUGCCGCCCAACUACCAAAAGGCCCUCGAGCUGAUCGACGAGGCCCACAGGCAAGACCCCAGGCCGUCGGCGGUCGAGUCGGUCCCUUUCGAGCUUGACUAUGCGCAGAAGAUGACGCGAUGGCUCGCCGUAAGGUGUCCGACGGCGCCUCCCGUAUUGCAGCUGGCCUGCCGCGCCCAACACUUCAGGAGAUGGGAGAUUCCCCGCAACACCUACCCAAUGACCCGGCCGGGCUACCUCACCUGGCGUGCGAAACUUAAGUCCCAGGCGGCGGCGCAGGUGGCCGAGCUCAUCUCGUCGUCGCCCGGAAUCCAGCCGGAGCUAGCCCGGGAGGACGUCGACCGCGUGGCGGCGCUGAUCCGCAAGGAGAACCUGAGCGCAGACGAGGAGACGCAGGUGCUCGAGGACGUGGCGUGCCUCGUCUUCCUCGACGACCAAUUUGACGCCUUUGAGAGCAAGGACGAGAUCGACGAGGAUAAGAUCAUCGGCAUCCUACGCAAGACAUGGGCCAAAAUGAGCGAGCCGGGUCGCGCUCUGGCGCUGAAGAUGGAUCACAGCGAGAGGGCCAAGAGUCUCAUCGGCAAGGCUCUGGCGGGCACCGGCAUCCGGAGGGGGAAGCCGUCCUACAAGAGACGCGGACCACCCAAGACUUCACUUCCGACCCCACGACGACGACGACCCACGUCAAAUGUCAUGCCGCCCCCGACACUCCAUCCCGCCGAGGUAUCCAGACACAACCGCCUCGACGACCUCUGGCUCGUCAUUGACGGCCGCGUCUACGACUUCUCUGCCUUCGUCCGCGAGCACCCCGGGGGUAUCGCUGUGAUCCUUCAGUGUGCCGGCAAGGACGCGACCGACGUCUACUCCGAGGUCCACGGCCCCAAUCUCGUCCGAUCCACGCUUCCUCCGGACUGUCAUAAGGGCGUCCUGGCCCCCGGCGCCGUCUCGGCGAAGCCUCGACAGCAUAGUUUCCAGCAGCAGCAGCAACGGAAACCCCAAGAAACCAUGGCCGGUGCUAGACGGGCCAUCGAGUCCCUCCCCUCCAAACCGCCCCUCGACACCCUCAUAUCCGCCCACGACUUCGAACAGGCCGCGUCGGCCUCCCUCUCCCCCAAAGCCUGGGCCUUUGUCUCCUCCGCCGCGACGGACCUGCACACCAAGGCCCGCAACGCGUCGGCCUACUCCCUCAUCGGCCUGCGCCCGCGCGUCCUCGUCGACGUCGCCGCUGUCUCCACCUCUACCACCAUGCUCGGCCACCCCAUGCGCUCCCCCGUAUUCUGCCCCCCGACCGCCAUGGCCCGCCUCGUCCACCCGGACGGCGAGAAGGAGCUCGCCCGCGCCUGCAGGUCAGCCGGCGUCCCGCAGUGCGUCUCCGUCUCCGCCUCCUUUCCCCUGGACGAGAUCCUCGCCGCCCAGGCCGCCCACCAGCCCGCCACCCCCUACGACGUGCCCGUCUUCUUCCAGCUGUACGUCGACAAGGACCGCGCCAACUCGGAGCGCCUCCUCCGCUCCGCCCAAGCCCAGGGUGUCAAGGCCCUCUUCCUGACCGUAGACGCCCCGAUUCCCGGCAAGCGCGAGGCCGACGAGCGCGUACGCUCCGACGAGUCCCUCGGCUCGCCCAUCUCGGGCGCGCGCGCCGUCAACGACGCCAAAGGCGGCGCCCUUGGCCGCAUCAUGGGCAGCUACAUUGACGCCUCGGUGAACUGGUCCGACAUCGCCUGGCUCCGCCGCACCGUGCCGGGCCUGCCCAUCGUUCUCAAGGGUGUGCAGACGUGGAUGGACGCCGAACGCGCCGUCGAGGCCGGCGUCGAGGCCAUCGUGCUUUCCAACCACGGCGGCCGGAGCCUCGACACGUCGCCGGCCACCGUCACGGUGCUACUGGAACUGCAGAAGAACUGCCCGCACGUCUUUGACAGGCUGGAGGUGUACGUCGACGGCGGCGUCUCGCGCGGGACCGACAUUUUCAAGGCGCUGUGUCUGGGCGCCAAGGCCGUUGGCGUCGGCAGGGGGUUGUUGUACGGGCUCAACUACGGCGCCGAGGGCGUCGAGCGCUAUAUCGAGAUUCUGCGAGACGAGCUGGAAACGACCAUGAAGAUGUGCGGUGUCACAAGCCUCGACCAGGUUCACCCGGGCUUUCUCAACACGCUGGCCGUGGACCACCUGAUCCCGGGACGACCGCACAAUCCCAACACGCCCUGGCGCCGUGACAGGCAUAGCCGGUUGUGA